GUGUCAACUCGAUGGGCCAAAUGGCCUGCUUCUACAUUGGAGGAAUUCUAUGAUUCUAUGAAGUGUCAAAUGGUUUGCAUUUUCCCCCAGAUUGCACAAAACUCAGAAUCUACUUUAUGAGAGUACCAAAGACUUCCUUCAGCUAAAAUUUGAGGGUCGAGAUGCUGAGAAAGUCUGGAUGGCUGAAAAGGAUCGUCUGUUACAGGAGCUGGACAGACAUAAUGAGCUGAGAAACGGAGGCAGUGACCCUGAGAUGCAGUUUCUUCGGGAGUCGCCAAUGGAACAUGAGAUACAAAGAAUACAGAGUGAAGAAAUAAAGUCGCUUGAGGAGCAAGUAAACCAAGCACAUCGACUGGCGGACAUGUAUAGGGAGCAAUGUGUGACACUGGAGAACGAGCUUGCACAAAUUCGGGAAGAAGGGGAUAUAGGGCGUCAAUUGUUUAAG